AUGCCUAGGUUUCUUUCAGGACUUUUCCCGAGCAAUUGGUGCUCGAGCGCGAGUUUCUUCCCCAAAUUCCACAACUUCCGCUGCAGAAUGGGCUGCAUUCAGGCCAAAUGCUGCCGAGCCUGCUCGCCCUCCUCCGACGGCGACAACAACGAGGAGGAAGAAUCGGGCGUCUUCUCCGGCCCGAACAACGCGCGGGGGCGCGCAUCCGACGUGUCCCUGGACGCCGUCAACAUCCCCUCCCACAAUCUCCGGCUUUCAUACGCCGCUCUCAGCCUCCGCGGCUACUACCCAGAAGCCCCAAACAAGGAGAAUCAGGACAGCUACUGCGUGAAGACUGCCGUCCAGGGAAACCCCAACGUUCACUUCUUCGGGGUUUUCGACGGGCACGGCCUCUGUGGGGCCCAGUGCUCAUCUUUUGUCAGGGACAGGCUGAUCGAGAAACUCUCUGAGAACCCUUCCUUAGCAGACGAUCCAAUCAACGCCUACAGCUCGGCGUUUCUGGCAACAAACAACGAGCUCCAUGCCAGCGAGGUAGACGACUCCAUGAGUGGCACAACUGCAAUUACAGCCCUUGUGAUCGGUGACAAACUGUAUGUGGCCAAUGUGGGAGACUCGCGGGCUGUGCUGGGAGUCAGGGAAGGGGACAGAGUUCUUGCCCAAGACUUGUCUCGAGAUCAGACCCCAUUCAGGAAUGACGAGUGUGAGAGGGUAAAGCUGUGUGGAGCUAGGGUUCUGAGUGUAGACCAGGUGGAGGGGAUAAAAGACCCAAGUGUACAGUCGUGGGGAGAUGAGGAGACUGAAGGGGCUGAUCCUCCGAGGCUGUGGGUACAGGAUGGGAUGUACCCUGGGACUGCGUUCACUAGGAGCGUGGGGGACAGUAUGGCCGAGAAGAUUGGAGUUGUUGCGGAUCCUGAGGUUUCCACUGUGAGGCUCACGGCCGAUCAUCCGUUUUUCUUGAUCGCCAGUGAUGGGGUUUUCGAGUUUCUACCCAGCCAUAAGGUCGUGGACAUGGUCAAUAAAUAUGCUGAUCCCAGGGAAGCUUGUGCUGCAAUAGCUGAUGAAUCUUACAAACUGUGGUUAGAGAACGAGAAUCGGACAGACGAUAUAACAAUCAUCAUUGUACACAUUAAACACUUGAACAAUGUAUAA